CAUUGCACAGACCUGUCAACAGAGCGGAAAGUAUCGUGUUGCCCGGAAAUAACAGCUGUGGUUUGGGUAAAAGAACGUACAAAUGGUUAAGAGUUAUAGAAAACAAGUAGAACGGUUAAAGGGUGAAAUUACGUUUCAGUGUCACGUGUUUAUUCUAAAAUAAUAAGUAAACAUAUUUUUGUACAAAGUGACAUAAGUGAACGCUGAGAACAGACUGGGUACGAAGCAGUGUACCACCACAUAGUCGGGGGGAUGAGCGGACAGGGGGAGGGAGUUAUUUUUACGGUGUCUGCGGAGUCGACAGGUGGAGGGUUCCGUGUGCGGUUACCAAAAAAUACCCGAACAACAAGGGGCAGCAGAAGAUGCCCCGGAGAAAGCAGUCUAACCCCCAGCCAGUAAAAUUGGACUCGGAAGAUGGAUUGCCGGGUAACACAGCUGGCAUUAUCCUUGAGAGCGAUCUUCUCUUGGGACAAGAUCUGGAGUUUGAGGACAAUGACGAUAGGAUUAUGGGAUUUGAGAAAGAUUCUGAAGACUCUCUUGUGGGGAAGAUUGGCAUCCCUGCAUAUUCACUUAGUGAUGAUGAAUGUCCUAGUUACAGGCAGCUAAGCGUGGAGAGUGAAACGGAAGAUCCAGCAGACACAGAAAGAGAGGACGACAGGAACUCAACACUUCAUAUUCCAUUUUCUUGUAGGCAGUGUGAUCUCAUGUUGGACACCACUAGUCAGUGCCCUGAUGGAGAACCUGGUUAUGGUUGCCCCAGAUGUAACUCAGAUUCCUCAUCUCAGCAGGUAAAUGCAAGCCAAGGCAUCAAGAACAAGGUGGUGUAUUCCUGCAAUUUGUGCUCUUUUGUCUCUUACUACUCAAACCACGUUAAAAGACAUAUGAAAACACACAAUGGGGAGAAGCCUUACAAGUGCUCACAGUGUAGCUAUGCCUCAUCUCAGCUGGUCAACCUGCAAAGGCAUAUGAGGACACAUACAGGGGAGAAGCCCUUCAAGUGUGAAUGGUGUGAAUUUGCCUGCAGUAGUCUAGGGAAUCUGAAGAGGCAUAAGCGAGUACAUACACAGGAGAAGCCCUUUAAAUGUGGGCUGUGUGAAUACAGAUGCAACCAGAGCAGGAAUCUGAAGAGACACAUGCUCAGUCACAAGAAGGAGUUGCCUUCCCUUUCCAAAAAACUAGAAGAAGUAAUACCACCAGAUUUGACAUUACAUAUGAAUGGCAGUGACAAUUUCCUUCCUAGCUGCACUAGAAUGAGGACUGAUAUGGAACCUCUGGGUUUAUUGGAUCCAGUAAACCGAGCAGAAGAGUCUGAUACGCUACCAGAAUUAUUGUUCCCAUUCACUUGCCGUAUGUGUGGACUAGUACUGGAUGAUGGAUUCACACAGGAGGAAGGUGUAGCAGAGCAAAUCUGUGCUAGAUGCAGCCUAGAUGUCUUGUCAGUAGAGGCCAUGGGCACUUCAGCUAAAGGUGACAAAGCUUUCUCCUGCACUUUGUGUUCCUUUGCAACACAUUACCCAAACCACUUAGUGAGGCACAUGAAAACACACAGCGGUGAGAAACCGUACAAGUGUUCCCUUUGUAGCUAUGCCUCAGCACAUUUUGACAAUCUUAAACGGCAUCAGCGAAUUCAUACCGGUGAAAAGCCCUACAAGUGUGAGAUGUGCGAUUAUGCCUGUGGAAACCUGGCAAACUUGAAGCGACAUGAGCGCAUACAUUCUGGUGACAAACCCUUUAAGUGCAAUAUCUGUAAUUACUGUUGCAACCAGAGCAUGAACCUAAAGAGGCAUAUGCUCAGACAUACUGGUGAAAAGCCAUUCAGAUGUGAAGAAUGCUCUUAUACUACUGGACACUGGGACAAUUACAAACGGCAUCAAAAAAUACAUGGGCACUCUGUUGAAGGUUGGACUAAUCCUCAUAGUACCAGAUUAGUGCAGUAGCAGUCUGCUUAAGCUUGGUCAGUGUUACAAGUCUAAAUAAUUUGUUUACAUCACUUAUUAAAGAAUUUGUACUUUCA